AUGGCUCGAAAUAAUACCAAGAAUAUAUCAGCUAGAUCUCACACUAGGAAGAAGAAGGGAAGCUCGAUCAAACUCUGUUCAAAUAUGAUUGCACCGAUAGUAGUUGGUGUACUAGCUAGCUUAGUGGGCUAUGCUUAUCUAGCACUAAGACCUCCCCCUCCCAAAGUCUGUGGUUCGCAAGGUGGCCCUCCUGUGACUUCACCCAGAGUCAAACUAAGUGACGGAAGGCAUUUAGCCUACAAAGAGAGGGGCAUUGCCAAGGAAGUAGCAAAACACAAGAUCAUCGUUUCUCAUGGAGCUGGUGACUCUAAAGACUUCCAUUUACCAAUUUCUGAAGAACUAUUAAGGGAGCUCAAGAUAUAUCUCCUGUCAUAUGAUCGUGCCGGUUAUGGAGAAAGUGAUCCAAAUCCCACACGUUCAGUGAAAAGUGAAGCAAUCGAUAUUCAGGAACUUGCCGAUGGGUUGCAACUUGGGCCUAAGUUUUCUGUAAUUGGCAUCUCCAUGGGAGCAUGCACAGUUUAUAGCUGCCUAAAAUACAUACCACACAGGUUGUCUGGAGUUGCCCUCGUAGUUCCAUUUGUUAACUAUUGGUGGCCUUGCUUUCCUGCUAAGCUUGCACGAGAGUCCUUAGAGAAGCUGCUCGUUCAAUAUCAAAGGACGUUUCAAAUUGCACAUUAUGCUCCAUGGUUGCUCUACUGGUGGAUGACUCAAAAAUGGUUCCCUUCUUUAAGUAUCCUGAAAAGUAAGCUGGAUGGGUUCAGCCGAGUUGAUAUGGAGAUCUUAAAGCAAUCGUCAAAAACUCCAAGAGAUGGUCAGGAAAAGAUAAGACAACAGGGUGAUCAUGAGUCUAUACAUCGAGACUUGAUCGUUGGUUAUGGCAAAUGGGAAUUCGAUCCCACAGAUAUAAGCAAUCCUUUUCUGGAUAAUAAAGAGGUCUCAGUUCACUUUUGGCAAGGAUGCGAGGAUAAGUUAAUACCAAUCGAGCUGAGCCGGUAUUUGUCCCAGCAACUUCCGUGGAUCCAAUAUCACGAGGUACCCGAUGCUGGGCAUCUGUUAAUCUACAAUGCUAGUUUUUGUGAAGUCAUCUUUAAGGAACUUGUGUCUACAUAA